AUGCCACAUGUGUUCUUCCCACCAAAGGCGAUGAAAGAGCUCUAUUCAUCGACCUCCGCAAGCUUUGCCGCUCAUACGGCUGAUAUCCUUCUCGGGAAAUACACGUAUCAGGGUGAGGAGAACAUAGAGCUCAAAUCGGGUAUCCGGGCUAUGUCGAACAAUCUGGACGUGGUGAUUAGGUCUUUCGAGUCUGAUGUUACCUAUGCAUUCGAAACAGUCUUUGGAAAUUGCAGCGAAUGGGUGACUGUGGAUCAGAUCUGGCCUGCUACCUUCCGGCUCGCGGCUAUCAUGAGCUCCCGCCCUUUCCUUGGUAAAGAGCUGAGCCGCGAACCGAAAUGGUUCGCCGCCAUGACAGAUUAUGUGGAGAGUCUGAGCAAUGCAGUUGGCAGCUUGAGGCCGGUACCUACUGUCGUCCGAUUCUUCUUCGAGUCGCGCAUCCCACGCAUCCGGAACCUUGUGAAGGCACGCGAUCGUAUGGAGGAUCUGAUGCUGCCAGUCAUCCAAGAGCAUCUUGAUCGUUACCUUGCGACAGGAAAAGAUUCCAAAUCCCGGCGCACAGCUGCUAUAAGCUCUGACGGGGGCGAGCUACUUGAUUGGAUGAUUCCGGAGUACUCGAAUCCAUCCGCAAAAAAGCUGGCCCGCGAUGAGAUCACAAUCAUCCUUGAGUCAGUGAUGAAUAUAUCAGGAGGUCUCAGCCAUUCGCUCUUUAACAUCGCGAAGUAUUCUGAGUACCAGGCACCACUGCGAGAAGAGUAUGAGGAGGUUGUACAGAAGACGAAGGGACUGAGCAAGGCUGCCCUAUUCAACAUGAAGAAGAUGGAUAGCUUCAUGAAGGAAGUACAUCGCCUGAACCCCCCAUCCAUGAGUAAGUUCUUUUGCUAA